UAAAAUAUAAUUAUUAUUAAACUCAUGGGGAAUUAAUUUAUUAAUAAGGAAUUUGAAUGAUCGUACAUUUCGCGCCAAAUGACGAUGCUAUCGACAUGACAUUGCGCGACAUUUUAAAGUGUACUGUUUUGUUGAAUAACUACAGGUCGAAGAGAUUGUUAAAAAAUGUUACCCCUUUCGCUGUUGAGAACAGCUCAGAAUCAUCCUAUGUUGGUAGAAUUAAAAAAUGGCGAAACAUAUAAUGGACAUUUAGUUAGCUGUGACAAUUGGAUGAAUAUAAAUCUUAGAGAGGUUAUAUGCACAUCUCGGGAUGGUGAUAAAUUUUGGAGGAUGCCAGAGUGUUAUAUACGAGGUAGCACGAUUAAGUACCUUCGAAUUCCGGAUGAAGUCAUCGACAUGGUUAAGGAAGAUGUACAGAUGAAAUCAAGAGGUCGUGGAGAAAUGAAGGGUCGUGGUGGCCAAAAUCAACGAGGAGGGCGAGGUGGUGGUAGAGGUACUUUUGGUGGCCGAGGCUCUAGAGGACCUGCACCUUUGAGUAGAGGUGGAUUAAAUCCUGGAGCCAACAAAGUUCUAAAUAAACCAAGGACGAAAUAGAAUAAGUUUAGUCAUAAUUCUACUCUUAAAAUACUAUUUUCAUUUCCAAAUAAAUUUUCCUUCCACUAGCUGGUUAAUUUUGACAAGAACUAUUAGUUUCUGCUAGUGCAAGUGUGAUUCAGUUAGAAGAAAGUACCUAUUCGCUAUUAGGAAUUUAAUCUGAAAGAUUUAUGUUAGAAAAAAAACAGUAAUCAAACUUAUUUUGUAUCACAGAAUUAUACCCAUUGGGCAAGUAUCGAUCAAUACAUGCUUUAUUUAUAAACAUUCAAUACUUAAUAUCAUAGUACAGAAGGGUGAUAAUAUUUUUAUAGCAAAGAAAUUCAUUUAUUCUUCCCCCACUGUUUACACAAGUACACUGUCGCACCCAUUAUCUUUGUUGCUCAUCUAAUCACACAAGUUAUCGUUUGCAAUACAGUUCUUGGAAUAAAAUAUAAGUAGUAUUUGUACAGUAA